AAAUUAAGCAAUUUUGUUUAUAUCGGUGUCAAAAGUAUGUGACUUAUAUUAUGUGCUCUGAAAAUUUUAAAAACGGAAGCAUGUUAAAUCAUUAAUUAAGCUUUUGAAAGACAUCAAGAAAAUACUGCAUUCCGCAAAAUAUUUUUUGGAGUUUGCCAAAAAAAUAAAUAUGGCGGACGCCCCUUUACUUAAUGAGUACAAGCAGAAGUUUGUCUGGAGGAGAAUUCCCCAAACUCUUCUUGGGGGACCCAACCUAAAACUUGGAUACGAAGCACCAUGGUAUGUCUUCGCAUUACAAAUACUGGUGUGGUUCAUACCAUGGAUUAUUGGAGCUGCCAUAACUCUUGCUGUAGAACUAGGUGGUCUGGAUGUUCUUAUUGGGUCUAUUGUGUGUGGAGCCAUUGUUGGUGUCUUUGUUUUUUGUGUGCAGUCAAUUCAUCUUUACCUCGCCAGAAGUCGUUCUGCAGUCACCGAUUUUAACGCCAAUGGUAGUUUGUCAUCAAGUCAAAAGUUUCGUCAACUUAUAGCUGAUGAUGAUGAAAUAAUAUUUUACUCUUGUUUCUCAUUUAUUACCUUCAACUUUGUUAUUCCACCCAAAAGGUUCCGUCCAAACAUUGUUAUCCAUUCUCUUCUAUCUGGUUUAUUAUGCGGGUUUGGAGUUUUCUACACUCUCCCGUCUACCCUCACCACCUUGUUUAGCAGCAACCUUGGUGUUGCAAUUGUCAUCUUCAUCUUUUCGUGGACCACCAUCUGCAUCACCCAGUAUCCGCUCACAGCAGGAGGAGUUCCUCCGGAGGUUGCGGUGUUUCGAUCUGUUGAUCCUUACGAGAUCGCUUCUCUUUCGAGAUUCCUACAUGUGUGCAUCUUCUUUGCUUUCUAUGUAGUACAAAUAUAUCAACCAUCAUUUCAAACCACAAAUCAAGUAUUGCAUAUUCUGUUUCUGUUUCUGCCUUUAUUAUGGAUGUAUGGACUCCUUCCACCAGCAGAUGCAUUGGUAUUAUGGGCAGUGGAACAACUGCAGGUUUUUGCAUUAGGUGGUACACCAGUAGCCACAGACCUCAGAUUAUUGGUCUCAUUCUUCAUGUCCGGUAUGGUUUUACUUGGAGCCUCUUUUCUACCGAGCGAACCAGCCAUAGUAAUAUUUUGUGCCGCAUUUGGAUUUAUUCUGAGCACUGAUGUGACUUCAGUUGUUUUGGCAAUUUUCUACAUGGCAGUAUCAAAGUGCAAAACAUCUUUAAACAGCAGGAAAACUGUGCCAACACAUUACAAUGGUGAAAUAUCAUUGAUCAGCACAGCUUGGCAUAUAGUUGCAUUAGGUCCAAGUGUAAUUGUGGCUACAGUUGUUGUUUAUUUCCGCACCAAUUUCACCAGCACUACGCAGUUAGGGUUUCAGAUAUCAUUCAUUGUGUUAUUCGUCAUCAUAAAAAUACUACAGGACUCACAAAAGGUGUAUUUCGCAUUUCGAAUUUUCCGAAACUGCAUAUACCCCUCCAGCUACUCAUCCAUGGCAAAAUUCCUGAAAAGAAAAAAAGUUCUCCGCGUAUUGGGACUUAUUCAUUUCAGUUUGGCAAAGGUUUUAAACCCUAUAUUAAUGACAGCAUAUUUAUCAGCAUAUCUCUUAACAUCAAUACAAUUGCCUUCAUUCUACACGGCAUUGGUAUCCGUCCAUGCAUAUCGUGUGAUAUGGCAGAGAAGCAACAGUGCUAUUCUCAUAUUUGCAGUUGUAGCAAUUGUUGAUUUGAUCACUUCUUCUUCCAACUCCGUCCUAUUUAUUUUUACUUCAUCUCAGCUUGGCACGCGUCUCUUAAUAGCUGACGUGUGUAUUGACAGAUUUUUAAGAUUUUGUGAAAAUCUUUGGUUUGCGUUUUCACUUAGUGUUUCAUCGGUAAAAGACAAGAAACAAAAGAGAAACUCAUCAAUUGGUAUCAUUGUUCUGAACAUCAUAUUCUUUCCAUUUGUUCUCGGAACAAUUGUCCUCGCAUCCGCUCUCUCUGCUCCUCUUCUUCCUCUCUUCACUCUCCCCAUCUUCCUUAUCGGGUUUCCUCGCCAUUCUCGUUUCUGGCCUCAAGCUCCAGGCAAAGCAAAUGCGAGUGUAUGUUCGGACAGUGUCUACUACAGUCAAGUCACCCCACACCUCACUAAAAGCAUGGCAGUUGCUUCUUACCUAGGUUCAACAUCAACUGUUGGUUCUGAAACAGAUCUCCCAUUUUUUCUUGCCAGAUCACAAGAUAAAUCAAUGUGGAUCCAGACAUUAGAAAGUGGUUACAGCUACAUAAGUUACUCAGUGAAGGGGUUGGAACUACAAGAAACAUCAUGCCACGCACUUGAAGCCACACGACUUGAUGACGCUUGUCAAGCAGCGUUUGAACCUGGCACCGAACACAAAUGGACAAAUCCAUAUCCAUUUCUCUCGUCCGUCACUCCCAUAGACACAAUAUAUCUAGAAAGUUAUUCAGAUGCAAAGAACUCUCUCACAGGUAUUCUGGACAACCCCAGUGCAUUACAACAAUACCACAAAGACUUCAUCAAAUCCCUAGUAUGGCUUCUUGUUCAAUACUGGGCCCAUGAAAACCAAACCAACUCAAACCAGAACCAUCCAGUCCCCCAAAACCCGUAUAAACCAGAUGUGGCAAAACCAGACAACCCAAAUGCUUUCGAACUUCUACCAAAUCAAGUUAAACCCAGUACAACAUCUCAUCGAAGUAAUUUAAGCCCAAAUAACGUAACACCACGCCCCAACAGCAAUCGCUCAGUUAUCAUAAAAGGCCGGCAAAACUUAAGCAGUUCCGUAACCAGUCUUGGAUCUCUGCUAUCCAGUGAAGACCGGUUUAAACUGGAUCAGAAGCGAAAAUCAAGCCAUGCUACAUCACAACUCAAACCACCAGGUGUGAUUGAUGAUAGCAGCGAUGAGGAAGGCUGGGAAAGUGGAUUGUCUGAUUCUGGAUUUGGUUUGCCUUCCAUGCAACCAAGCCAUGGAAACAAAGCUAAUAAUGGCAACCAACAGCUUGAUUUAAGUCACUCGGUUACUAAAUGGAGAGAAAUCCCAAUUGAUGAGAAUGAUGCGAUCUCGUACCUCCACCUCUUCGAUAGAUCAUGGUACCUCCAUGUGACUUCAUCCUUGGAGGAUGAUGUUGGAUGUUGGGGAGCAUCAGGGAUGCAGGAAGAUCAAAUGAUGGAGAUUUGCCGCUCGGUGGCGCUAGGGUGCUACAUCAUAGUUAAUGUAUCAGGUAUUCCUGGCAAGAACCCUUCCCAUAUUAAUGCAAGCCACUUAUGUAAAGUAUUUCUUGAUAGCAUACCAUGGUCCCCACACUUAGACUGGUUGCAUAAGAAUCCUAUACUUCAUCAGCUUGUAUUAAAAGCCCACAGAUUCUCAAUAAAACUUCUUUACGACCGAGUUGCCAUGGGAACUACAGACCUUGCAGAUGAUGAAGAUUUUGCUGAAGUCCUCACAUCUCUGCAGGAAUAUCAAUCGGAUUGGUUUAUUGGCCUUGAAACAUCCACAGAAUGGAAAACAGCCGUUGAGAAAGGAAUCUCGUCCCUAUUUGCGCUCAGUCAUGAUGGCUCGCUAAAUGGUGUAUUUUCGGCCCGUCUCCUUACCCGACGACCAGUUGAAACCCACUUAAACCAGUUAUCAUCGGCUGCAGUGCGCUCUGCUUGGGCCAACUUGUCCCUGGAGCUUUUAUACGCAACCAACGACGACGAAGAAAGGUACAGUAUUCAAGCGCACCAAGCAUUAUUACGUAAUCUGACGACACAAUCAGCCGACCCACCACUCGGAUAUCCCAUAUACUCGUCCAAACCGGUUUAUACCAGUACUUUACCUGUACCUUGAUUGGUCAUUUUUUUGUUUUUAAUCAGUUGUAUUUUAAAAUUUUGGGCGAGGGUUUUAAUACUGUUCUGUACAGAUUUACAAAGCAUUGCAGAGUUUAUUUCUUUAUUAAAAAAUGUUCCAGUUAAAAAACUACCGGAAAAAAUAAAUUUUGUAACGUUUUUAAAAUGAAACUUCAACAGUAAUUGUAUGUCCCACUAUUUUUACUUUAUAUGACAGUACAAUAUGCACUGUGAUGUUACGUUGUACAGCUGAUCUAUGCAUGUAUUAUUCUGGCUUUACUAAUUUUAGAAGUGACGCUUUUACCUCAGUUAAGAGUCAUUUCCAUUGUGCGUAAAUGUACUGCAAGUAAACAGUAGUUGGCGAA